AUGCAGAACAAAGUCAAAGUCUUCCCUAAUCCCGAAAUGGAAAGUAAGUUUUUUAUAGUAAGAAUUCCAAUUUUGUUUGAAUUGAAUAGUCCAUGAUAUAUAAUACCAUAUUUUGUAGAUGUGCCAAACAUUGAAAUGGUGCCAAUUAAAUGCUGAAACAGCGCCAGUGGUUCAAACCAGAGCCAAAACCAUAACAGUAUGAUUAUGCAUUAUGUAUUUGUUUAAUAUUCAUGGCUAAUAUAGACUAUAAUAUAAACAAUAUAAUAAGCAUGAAAAUAUAAUAGUUUCCCUACCAUUUGCCCUUUGGGUAGUAUUAUGCUAUGUGUUUAAUGAAGUCUUAGAUGAACAUUUAGUAAACUGUACAUAUUUUUAAUAGGUCAGUUGGCAGUGAAAGAAAACCAAAGGCAAAAGGUUGAAUUUAAAGGUAAUGCAUGUCUGUUAUUUAAAAUUGUUUGUUAUUUAAAAGAUGUCAAACUAAACAUAUAACCUAUUGAAGUGUCAUAUAUACUUCUUUAUUUAGGAAAAUGGCAUAAUUGUGGCCAGAAAGGCCACACACAAAUCAACAAGUUGUAAGAAAUGUAUGUGUUUUCCUUUUAUCUUUUCAAAGAAAUUAAAAAUAAAGACUAAUCCUACCUCAUACUACCUAUUGGGCUAUAACUGUGUCUAGGGGAGUGUAUAAUUUCUAUAUUACCACAUGCUUGUUAAUUGGUCAGUUACAAGUCAAUAGUACAUUUUUCCUUUUUCUCUGUUUACAGCUUACAAUCGAGAUCAAGCAAGUAAGUUAAGAAAAUGUUUUUUUUAUUGUAAUAAUUAACUACUAGUAAUUAAAUUCAGAUUAAAAUACUUUAUGAUAUUCUGUCUUGUAGGAAGAUUAAAAGAAGAUGUUAUCAAUGUGGCAAGCCAGGCCACAUUGCAAGACAAUGCAGGCAAG